AUGGGUCCAACCCGGGUCCCGAUCCCAUCUUUCUAUGGGAUCUUAGAGGGAUCUGGGCAAAAGACCGCGGUUAUCGAGAUGGCUGCAGCGGCGGGAUUGAGCUUGGUGCCUCGAACCUGCCGAGAUCCUUGCGUCACCACCACGUUUGGUGUCGGCCAAUUGAUUACUGCAGCAUUAGAUGAAGAUGUGCAGCGGAUUAUCACGGAUGUGGUGAUUCAGGCACCAGUGAUGGUGGUGCUGCGCCUCAGAGAAGUCCAGAUUGAAGCUGUAUGCAACUGGGACAAUGUUCUAUGCGGUCCAAAAGGAGUGGCCCGGGUUUAUGGGCCACAGAAAGGAGCCAAUGAGCAGCAAACGGAGCUCCUCGCCGCAGCCAUGGAUACCUAUGCUACCGUUGCUCAACGCACAUUGGGAGUCAACGUGUCCCAGUUACCAGGGAGUGGCGCUUCGGGGGGUCUGGGGACGGGACUCUUGCUCAUUGGAGCGGUACUUCGGCCCCGGUAUGAGGCUAUAUUGGAGUACUUCAAUCUUGAUGAUUUGUUUGACAAUUGCGAUCUUGUCUUCACCGCAGAGGGAGGAAUCGAUGAUCAAACUCCAAGAGGAAAAAUUCCAGCGGAAGUUGCUAUGCGUGCGGAGAAGCAUCAUAUCCCAGUCAUUGCUUUGGCUGGAACAGUCGGACCGAAUGCGGAUCUUAAUUACCAUGUUGGCAUCAAUGCCUAUGUUUCCAUCCUGCAGCAGCCAUCAACGCUCGAGGAAGCAAUCAGGGACACAGAGCGGCUUCUUACGGACAGUGCAGAGUGUGCCAUGCGGAUGGUUAUGGUGGGAAAGUUACUCGGGAGUGCUGCGGCUAGUAAAGAUACCAAGAGAUCGUUGAGUGAUUGUUGUCAUGCUCGCCGUUACACCAACAAUAUGGCUAAUAAUCAUGGUGGUUCUAUCAACGGCAACCAUCUUAAACGGUUACAGAGCCAAUAA